GAAUUUCAGUACGGUUUGAGAUAGCUACGGAGAGCUUUGUUAGUUCGAUUGUUGAGGAUUUUUUACGUUCGUAACAAAUUUAAGUUGAAACCGGUUUUUUUGUGUGUGACGAUAUUUUAUAGUGCGCCGAUUUAGGUAAGUGUGGUGAUAUUGAACUGGUGUGGAACUGGGCAUGUUUUUUGAUGCAUGCGAUGGUUGCAAAUGAGUUAAUUUAUCGAAUGCGGGAAUGCAGACAUUAAGAACUGAGAGACAAAAAAGUAAUGUGUGCAUUCAGUGAGUGGACGUAAAAAACAUUGUGCCAAUCCAAUAUGCCGCGAACUGUGCCCCGCGCAAAAGACUGUCAAAGUGACAUUGACGUUUGUGUGAUCGGAAUGUAAUCAGCAUGGUGACAUUGAUGCCGUGUAGCUACCUCAGCGGCGGGUCCCCGCGAUGCAGUUUGGACACAGAGCCCAAGACUAAACGACCAAGAUCGGAUACAGGCACAGAUGUUAGAUUACAAAGCGAAGCGGCUAGUCCUGGAUCAGAAUCAACAUCAGACUCCCCACCAUCCUUGCUCCAGGAUGCAAACCUUCCCGCACUGCUAGCCACCACCUACCCCAACACAUCCACCAGCUCGCUAACCGGUGACGUCCUAGGCUUGUCUGAAGUGGAAAAUCUCAACGGAUGCCCCAGCACAUUGCCACUGCCAUUGACCUCGACUGGCCUUUCCACCUCCACGUCUGCUGUCGCUUGGUUGAUGAAUGAAGAUAGUACGGGUGGUGGUGUGAAGAGCGAAGUCCGAAGUCCAGGGCUUUGUGACGCGGACGUCGCCUUGUACGGGGAGACUCUGCCGUACGACCAGUCCGCGUUGUCUUAUCAGUAUUAUAAUAGUAUGCAACAAUAUGGCGGUGGAGGCGCUGCAUCAUCUUACGUCAGUUCGUCCUUGUACAACCAGCCCUAUGGCGCUUACCCAACUGCGCACAAUUCUAAUAAUAGGCCCUCGUGCAAAGCGACGCCAACGUACCUAAGUGCUUAUGGCGUGGGCGGUGUCGGUACAGUGCCAAGCACAGGUUUCGGAACCCAACCAUCACCCUAUGCGUAUUCUUCAUAUAACAGCGGCCUGGCGCAGUCUUUUUCAAAUACCCAACAGGACUACGGAAGUUACGCAACCGGCUAUGCAGAUCAUAGCGUUGCCCAAUAUGGUGGGUACUAUGCAACCCCUAGUUAUUCACCCUACGUUAGUUCGCCAAGCAGCAGCGGUAGCGCAGGACACACGUCUUAUCACCUCGGUGGUACUUUAGCAGAUUCACCGUCAACAAUGCUUCCAUCAAUUAAUGACACACCUCUAUCACCAAUCAAAAAUGAAAUACACGCUGCCAGUAGAAGGUGUAGAGAAAACUCAGGAGAAAGCACAGCAUCAAGAUCUCGUGGGAGAGGAAGGAGAAAUACAUCAUCAUCACCUGCCCAACAUGUUCCCGAGCCAACUACCGAAAGAGUAUUUAUCUGGGAUCUUGACGAGACAAUUAUCAUAUUCCACUCUCUGCUAACUGGGACAUAUGCUACGAAGUACAAUAAGGACACACAGCAAAUAGUACAACUGGGAUUCAGAAUGGAGGAGAUGAUUUUCAGUCUAGCAGACACACAUUUCUUCUUUAAUGAUGUUGAGGACUGUGACCAGGAGCACAUAGACGCAGUGGCAGCAGACGAUAAUGGCCAGGACUUAUCUGCCUACAACUUCGCAUCCGACGGGUUUCACGCAGGGGCGGCACCUAAUGCAGGCUUAUGCGCUCCUGGUGUAAGAGGCGGAGUUGAUUGGAUGAGAAAGUUGGCGUUUCGAUACCGAAAAAUUAAGGAUACAUACAAUAAUUAUAGGAAUAGUGUGGGCGGCUUACUUGGACCAGCGAAACGUGAGCAGUGGCUACAAUUACGAGCAGAACUUGAGCAGGGCACAGACAACUGGUUGACGUUGGCCUGCAAAUGCCUUAAUAUGAUCAAUUCUAGAGAAAAUUGCGUAAAUGUAUUGGUGACGACAACGCAACUGGUACCAGCGUUAGCCAAGGUGUUGCUGUUCGGUCUUGGAGGAGUGUUCCCUAUCGAAAAUAUUUAUUCCGCUACUAAAACAGGCAAGGAAACAUGCUUUGAGAAAAUCAAGCAGCGAUUUGGAGAGAGGUGUACCUAUGUCGUGAUAGGAGAUGGACAAGACGAAGAGGCUGCGGCUAAAGCUAAGAAUUAUCCGUUUUGGCGGAUAUCCGGACACUCGGAUAUAGCGGCUCUAUACAACGCAUUGGAUAUGGGCUUCUUAUGAUCUGCUGUUACCCUGGUAUAUGGAAUUUUGUAUAUAAACACCAUCCUGCCGUGGAUUCGAUUUUUGAGUAUUAUUUUGAUGUGGACAAAGAACUCAGAUUUAUUUAGGAUAAUUUUGUGGUGGUACUUUGGAUGGAGACUUCUUAUGUUGUUCUGAUAACCUGGUAUUUCAGUACAAGUUGUUUGAAAAUCUCCUAAAUUUUCUACUUUUGAGCGUUAUUUAUUUAAUUUACACGCAAUGGAUGAUAAAUUACUCAGUGGAAUUUCAGGGAUUUUAUAAAUUAAUAUAGAAAACAAAGAAAUCGUUAAAAUUUAUUAUGAUAAUUCCAUUGAUAUACAAAAAACCCAAGAUGCACACUCAGCGUCAAAAAAA